AUGCGUUUCCCGUCCUUUUCCAACUUCGUCCGCACCCUCUACACAUUCGGCAACGCGACAGCACGACUCCAAUCACUGUCGCGGGGUAACUCCAGCAUUGCCCCCGUCCACCGCGCCAUCAUCUUGAAAUCUAUGCCAUCAAUCCCUUUCCUGGGUUCGUUGUUUGGCACAUCUACCUCCGCUUCUCAAAAGAUGUCGUUCCCAGAGUCUAAAUCCGACGAUGAAUGGAGGACAGUGUUGAACAAAGAGCAGUUCCGCAUCCUGCGCGAAAAGGGCACCGAAGCCCCCUUCACCGGCAAAUAUGACAAACACUACCCCUCCGAGGGCGUUUAUACAUGCGCCGGCUGCAAUGCACCGCUUUACAAGGCCAACCACAAAUUCAAAUCGGGCUGUGGCUGGCCCGCGUACUUUGACAGCCUUCCAGGUGCUGUAACGCGACACACAGACAGGACUUUUGGUAUGGAGAGGACGGAGAUUGUUUGUUCGAAUUGCGGAGGUCAUUUGGGCCAUGUCUUCAAGGGCGAGGGCUAUCCUACACCGACCGACGAGCGACAUUGUGUCAACAGUAUCAGUCUGAAGUUCCAUGACAAGGAGGAUGCCGCUGCGGGAAACGGCGAGGCGAAAUAA